GUAUUGGCGCGCAUAGCAAUUGGCGCCUUAAACCACCAAAACAUUCAAAACGAAAAGAAUACAAAAUUGGCAUUUGACUCUGACUCUGAAUUUCAUCUCUCUCCCAACCCAAGUAAACACAAGCAGAGAGAUGUUUGGUAGGGUGAGACUAGCGCCGGUCAACUCGUUGGAACCCCUCGAAUCGGAAAGAUCGUCUUGCAAAAUCAUCAAGCACGAUUCUCUCUCCAUCUACGAAUCAACCCUUCUCAAACUUAAACAAGGCUCUCGUAGUAAUCCAAGCUUCAACCCUGAGGAUUAUGCAAGGACAGAUGCAUUUUGUAUCAUGGCCAUUGAUUCAGCUGAGGAGGCUGUGAGUGCCAGUGCUGGUUGUUCCUCAACAGAAUCUCUUCCAAAGUCUAGUUCUAGUGAUCAAUCUACAGCCUCCUCAAAUGCGGAAGCUACUACUAAUAUGUCUAUUCUUCAUUUCUUCUCAAAACACAAGAGUACGACACACACUCGAAAUUCAAGUGACACAGAGUCGAUGGCUAUAGAAAGUGGUUAUUCAUCUUCUUCCAGUGUUUCACUUUCAUCUAGCGAUUCACGGCCAGCAAUUGGCUGAAGACAAAAUUGGGAGAAGGAAGGAAAAUAUUGACUCCUUUAGCUCCUGAUUUUGGUCGAGCGUUUAAAUUAUGGAGUCUGACUUGCUCAGAUUGUUGUAAAAGGGUUGUGGUUAUUGUUUUCUUGAUAAUUAUUAAUUGGUGGAAUGCACACAGUCUGAUUCUGGUGAUGCAAAUGUAAUGUAUCUUCGUCAUGGAUUCUGGAUUCUUCUCUUCGUGUAUAAGAAUCUAUUAUAGGAAACUUGAGAUUUUGACAAUGAAUAUUUUGCAGGAAAUACAUAUACAUUGAUAUUUCUCAUGAA